AUGCCCGGUUCGGACAGUGUGAAAGUGGCAGUACGCGUAAGACCUUUCAGUAAGGUUAGUCACUUAUUUUGUCUUCACUGAAACUAUCAGGCCUAAGAUCACAAUGGGGCAGCAGAGUGGUUGGUGAUGGGAGAGGCUGGGGACUAUAUUUCAGAAAGGAGGAGGAAGUGUCACUUCGUAAGGUGAAGAAGGAGCCCUUCCGGUAAUGGUGGCACCUUUUAGAGGACAAAACAUCUGCUAUGGAGGGGGUGAAGAGAGGGGAGAGUGAUGCUUGGAGCAGCUGCCCUGCUGCCAGUCCUUCAUACACACUCCUGUAAGUCUUUCAUGUAGCAAAUCAGGCUUGGAUCACGGUAUGCCUUUCUCUGGGUGUGGUAGGCAUGUCUGGCUAGUUCAGGCAGGUUUGUGAAAAUGUCUCUUCGUAUGCAUGUUAGGCCUUGAUAGGUCCUUAAGGUUUCCUAUAAAAGUAAGAAUCUAGCUGAGGUUGCUUUUCUUACCUUACUGUAACAGUAACAGGAGAAGGAACCUUUUUAGAGUUAGGCUGGAUCUACACUGAUACAUAAAAAUGCUGUAAAAAAGAAAAGUAGUAUAGCUCUCUUUGCAGUUUCCCAUUGCUGGCGAAUCGCUGCUCUGCAGUGCCUUCUGGUGUCACAUUUUUUAUUAUGCAUUUUUAACUAACCAGUGUAGAUUCGCCCUUGGUCUUGGAAACUCUUAUAGCGUAGUCCCUUGAUUCCAAAAUUUUCCUGAGGACCCUGAACUCUCCUCUGCCUUUGUGUGUUUGAUUUGUUUUAAAGCCAGUUUAAUAUUUGCAAGAGGCUGCUGUUACUGCAUGGACUGGGUGGGUGGGGGUGGGGUAACAUGACUUUUUGGUCCACAGUUAAUGGAUCCAUUUGGCCCUAGGCCUGAUAGUCGUCCACUUCAUUCUGCCAGGGCUUCUGUGCUUUCUUAAAUGUGUAUGACAAGCAAGUGUGUAAACAGCUGCAGCUUUUCCCAGUCUGCACCUGUUGUGCACCUGUCAGUCAUGCAGCUUUUCAACAGGACAAAGCCAGGCUUUCUAAAACAUGGGUAGGCAAACUAAGGCUCUAAUUGCCUCCUAAAUCUGGCCUGCGGACAGUCCAGGAAUCGGCGUGUUUUUACAUGAGUAGAAUGUGCCCUUUUAUUUAAAAUGCAUCUCUGGGUUAUUUGUGGGGCAUAGGAAUUUGAUUAUUCCUCCCCCCCCAAUAUAGUCCGGCCCCCCACAAGGUCUGAGGGACAGUGGACUGGCCCCCUUUUGAAAAAGUUCGUUGACCCCUAAAAGCUUGUCUCAGCUGUCCGGAGUGAGGUAAACAAACAUGGAUAUUGCCUGGGGGUGGGGCGGGUGGAAGCUGGAAAGAGAUGUCUCUGCUGCUGCCAAGCCAAUAAUCCCUAAACAAAACAACCCUCACAGUCGGUUUCCUCACUUCAGCUGAUAGCAUGCAUAGUACUGAACCUCUUCAGUUUCCUAGAGCAAUUCAGUCUCCUAAAGGUUUGAAAAGAGAAGCGAGGCAAAUGUGACUCACUAAUGGAGAUACUUCCAGACUGAAUACAGAUAUGAAUCUGUCUUGAGGCAUUCUGACCAAGGCUAAGUAAGCAUAUGAGGGGCAAGAGGGUAUGCAUGAGCACACUAGCCCUUCCCUACAAAGCCUGGGCAGCUGUUAGCCAGUGUAGACAAUGCUGCGUUUAGAUGGACCCAAUGGUAAGACAUCACUUCCUGUGAGCCAGUGUGGUGUAGUGGUUAAGAGCGGUAGUCUCGUAAUCUGGUGAACUGGGUUCGAUUCCCUGCUCCUCCACAUGCAGCUGUUGGGUGACCUUGGGCUAGUCACACUUCUCUGAAGUCUCUCAGCCCCACUCACCUCACAAAGUGUUUGUUGUGGGGGAGGAAGGGAAAGGAGAUUGUUAGCUGCUUUGAGACUGCUUAGGGUAGUGAUAAAGCAGGAUAUCAAAUCCAAAUUCUUCUUCUAUAUUCCUACCCGUUGCCCACCAUCUGUUCAAAGUGACUGUCGGCAUGUGGCCUCCAGGAGGCUUGUCCGAGAGUGAAUUCAGACCUCUGAUCCAAGAAACGUUAGCCACUCUUGCAGUGCAACACUUCUACUUUCUCUGCUUUGCAUCAGCUUGAAUUAAUCUUGACUCCCAUCAGCAACCAAAUCUGGAAGCAGCUUUUCACAUGAGGCAAAGAUCCCAAGGUCUUUUCCGGCAGAAAUGUCCUUACUGAUACCACCAAAGCAUUUCAUAAUUAACUCUGAAUGUCCAAAAUCCAUUCUUUACUGUUUCUUCCAAGCCUGUGCUCAUACAUGCUUCUACUCUCCUGGCAUGAUUACUUUUAAGUUUUAAGCCUUAUUCUGAACUCCUGAAUAGGUCUCAUAAGGAUGUGAUGGUGUGUGUUUCCCUCCCCACCCCACAACAUUUUAAUGCAGGCUUUAAGCUUGAACUUCCUCUAAAUUGCUCAUUUUUUUAGCAGCACUUAAAAGAUCGUGAGUAUAAGAAACAAUCAUAAUUGCUGCUGAAACUUGCAUUUUUAAGCAUGCAUAGAUCUUAUUACAGUCAGUAUAGCUAACUUCUAAGUAAAUUUGUUUGAAGAUUGGAACCUAAAUGUGAUGCGUUUCAUUUUUGGAUGGUUUAGCAUGUGAAGAUUUUUUUGCCCUCAAUCUUCUUUGGGAAACCAUCUAAACCCCCUCUCUGACAACUGCGCAGUUGGUAGAGCUUGAGACUCAGGCUUGUGGGCAAAAGAUUCUGGCAUUGCAGGGGAUUGGACUAGAUAACCCUCUUGGUCCCUUCCAACUCUGCAAUUCUAUGAUCCCAUUAUUAUGGGAGGUUUGGACAGAGGCAUCCCACUGCCUUGCCCUGCUGGCCUCUGAUGUGAAAGUAUUCUGAUGGCACAGAGCUCUUCGUUCUGUCCACAGGUAGAAAUAAUGCCAGCAGGGAGCUCUGAAACCGGGCAUUCUAGAGGUGAGGGGCUGAGUUGGGCCCACUGUCAUCACUUGAUGUCAUCAGGCCCAAUUGCUGUGCUAGCUCCAGGUUGGAGCACCCCACUGCCUUCGUACCAGAGUGAGCAGCAAAGAUGCAAUGGCAGCCCCAUUGCUGCCCAACUGGGUUUUGGAUUGUAGUGUUGCAGGGCCCUUUGGUGUAUUUAUGUGGAUAGUGAUGGGAGGUACUGCGUUAUAUGAAUAUCUAACACUUUCAAAGAACUCUGGUAGUGUGUGAUACAUUAUAAAUGGCCAUUUGAAAUGUGCAGCAUAGAUGAAAUGUUGAAUAAGACCCUGUCUGUACUAUACAUUUAAAGCAGUAUCAUGCCACAUUAAACAAGCACGGCUUCCCCCAGACAAUCCUGGGAACAGUAGUUUAAAAUGCUGAGAGUUGUUAGAAGACCCUUAUUUUCCCCACAAAGCUACAAUUCUCAGCUCAAUGAAAAUAGGGAUUAAUUGUUGAACCACUCUUGAGAGUGAAUUUUAAUUUUUAAAUAUUAAUAUGAAUUUUUAAAUUUCAAUAGAGAGAGAAGAAUGCAGGCAGCAGAUGUGUGAUUUCUAUGAAUUGCAGCACUACAAGCAUACAUGAUCCCAGGAAUCCGAGCCAUGUAAAAACGUUUACCUUUGACCUGGCGUAUUGGUCACACAAUGGAUUUUUAAAGGACCAAGAUGGCAAGCUAAUUUCAGCUGGGCCAAACAGCAAAUAUGCAGGACAGGUAAAAUGCAUUUCAUACAGUGAUUUAUUCUUUCGCAGUGCAAUGCUAAAAGCAUAACUACUCAUUCUGCACUAGGACCAGUUCACAAGGUGGUAAAGCAGAGGUUGGAUUCAGUAAGAAAACUAAAGUUCUGAAUUUAAAAACCCAGUUCCUUUGCCUAGAUUUUCACAUCUGCACUUGGGUUGCAUGUUUACAACUGUCAUUGCUCUGAGCACAGUGUUAGAGCACCUUAUUGUUGAACUUUUUGGAGUAUCUGAUAUGGUCAGGGCACCAAGACCAACCUAUCCAUACCUGCAGUGCUUCAUGAUAUCCAAGGGGCUGCUGCCAAAAGAAGCAAAAUGUCCUUCCCAGUGUGUGCAAUACACACACAUUGGCACCUAUUCUGGUACUGAGGACUAUUUUCCUCACAUUUCUGUUUCAAAUAUUUUACUGAUUUUCAAGGAAAACACAAACAUAAGCAUUAUCAAAAUAAUUUGUUCCCCCUUCCUUCCCCUCCCCUCCCUCCAGAACAGAAGACUAAUGCAUCAAAUGUUCUCUUAAGUCUAUGUGUGCAGUCGGUGGGUACCAGCGAUCAGGGUGUUCAUUUGAAUAUUUUAUAAAGGAGUGCCUUUUUAAAAAAUAAUCCAUAUCAGAUAUAUCAUUCAGGGCUUGUACUCUAUUAGCUACGGUAGUUUCUCAGAUAAAACAAUUGCCUGUUUCCAUUGUGUCCUUUCCAGUUUUUUGCAACUACCAGAAGAAAGGUGAUAAGUUCUUUGUGUAAUAGGUUAUGUUGAAGAUUGCUAAUAAACCUAGGCAUGGAUUACAUUGUAUAUUCUGGUUUGUGAUUUUACUUAUUUCUGUGAAUACCUUUCCCAAAAUAGUUGCACUAACUCACAUGCACAUGAAAAGUCGUACCGGUUACCUUGCACCCUUUUUUCUUACAUUUCUGAGCCUGCAUAUUAAGGCAGCACUGGAGUAGGCAAGUAAGAUUCUAUGUAGAUGUGCACUAGACACUUUAUUUGUGUGUUGUUAUAAAUCUUACUUGGAUUUAUUUAUUUUUUAAACCCCAUUAUAGAAGGAAGUUUUUCGUGACCUUGGGCAGGGAGUUCUAGACAGCGCAUGGCAAGGUUACAAUGCUACCCUCUUGGCUUAUGGUCAGACUGGUUCAGGGAAGAGCUAUUCCAUGAUUGGAUAUGGUGCAAACAGAGGCAUAAUCCCAGUGGUCUGUGAAGAGCUCUUUAAAACAAUUCAAAACCAAGAGCAGAACAAGCAAUAUCAGGUUUGUUCAAGUUGUAUAAAAGUUUGUAAAUGCCAGCAUUGCUGGAUGCCUAAAACAUAUUCUAUAUCUGGGCAAUAUUAAUUGCAGUUUUUGUGUUUCAGGGGUGUAUAUAUGUAAACCUAAACAUAUUAUGCCAUGGUGCUGAAGGAUGAUACAGAUUAGGCCCUAAAAGUAGUGAUUCUGAGUAGCUAAACCCAUAGAGAUUAAUCACAUAAAGAUUCUAGUGACAAAAAAGUCAUAAUUUCUAUUAUGGGUGUGUGUAUGAAAUCCGCAGCCCCAGAGUUGGCCACGACUGGACCUAAUGGUCAGGGGUCCCUUUGCCUUUGUAUGAAAUCACAAAGUUAUAAGAUGUAUUAGUUUGUUGUUGAGAGUUGAUCUUUCUUUAAAAAAAUCAGUUUAAAAGGCAGCUUUUCAAGCUGUUGGAGUCUCAAGAGUGUGAAUAAAAUGCAAUAAGGAAGAGAGAAACUGGGUGUGGAGGGAGUUGAAAAAACCACUAUAGCUGAGUAGGCUCAGUGCACUCAAUGCAGACUGACAUAUGAAAUUGCUGAAUUUUGCUAAAUUGAUUUUUCAACUGUUCAUAGUAGAAACGGUGAUUUUUUGUAUUUCGCUGUUCAAUCUGCAGGUUACAUUUAGCAUGCUGGAAAUUUACAAUGAACAGGUAAUUGCAGUGAAUGACACUAUUUCGUUCUUUUAUUUUUCUGUGUUUCUCCCCUAGAACCUAUACAAGAAAGGAUGUUUUCUAAUAACAGAGAACUUGAAAUUUGUUCAGAAAGAUGUUAGUAUUUCAAAAAUAAACCCAGUCAUUUACACCCAGGUCAUGUGACACUGCACCAAUCUUGCAUAUUCAAAAUUGGACAGGGUAAUAAUAAUAAUAAUAAUAAUAAUAAUAAUAAUAAUAAUAAUUUCAUGCAGAAGCAGGUUUUGGCGAGGGGAGGGAAAACACCUGUAUUAAGUAGCCUACCUUCAAUGUUGUGUGAGCCAAUACCACUGUAGUCUCAUAUUUAGAGAAGUAAUGCCAGACUAAUAGCACUUUGGGUGAGAGGUGAGAAACCAUUUCUAUACUAAACUGCCGGAUUCUCAUUCUUCAAGUAUUGCUGCUUCCACAGGCUUGUAUAUGCAACCAAAAUAUUCCCUCCUUUAAUCUACAAGCUCCAAGUUCCUACAAGUGUGAUAGCUAUUAUUGGGAAUGUUAUUAUUAAAAAUAUGUAUAUUGUAAAUGUUCUGUACAGUUUUGGAAGCAUGUGGGGAGAAUCAUGUGUACACAGUGUACAUGCACAAACAUUGUACAGUGGUACCUCUGGAUGUGAACGGGAUCCGUUCUGGAGCCCUGUUCGCAUCCUGAAGCGAACGCAACCCGCAUCCGUGGGUCACGAUUCGCCGCUUCUGCGCAUGCGCGUGACGUCAUUUUGAGUGUCUGUGCAUGCGCGAGUGGCAAAACCCGGAAGUAACGUGCUCCGUUACUUCCGGGUUGCCACAGAGCGCAACCCAAAAAUGCUUAACCUGAAGCUACUUCAACCCGAGGUAUGACUGUAUUUAUUUCUCAUGUAUAUGCACAUGUUUACUUCAGAUCAUGUGACUCCUUGAGAGUAUCCAUAUUUCCUGCCAACUUGUCAGUUCUACAGAGUUGCAAUUGUUUUAUAAACCAUGAAAUGGGCCUGUGUUCUAGCUACAUGUACCAAGGGUGCAAUUAUUUUUGUCCAUGAAUGAGAUUAUUUGAUGUGUUUUUGUGGCAUUACUGCAAGUAUUUUUAAAAAAUACUUCUGAAAUAUACUGUUCUUUGGCCAAUUAAUCCUAAAUAUAUACACAAGUGUGUGUGUGUGUGUGUGUGUGUGUGUGUGUGUGUGUGUGUACUGUAUUUUUUGCACCAUAACACUCACUUUUUUCCUCCUAAAAAGUAAGGGAAAAUGUCUGUGCGUGUUAUGGAGGGAAUGCCUACGGGUGGCAUGCCUACGGAUUUUCCUCCUCUAAAAACUACGUGCGUGUUAUGGUUGGGUGCGUGUUAUAGAGCGAAAAAUACGGUAUAUAAUCUUGUUAGGAUCUCCCCUUCUUUUCAGUAAAAAAAUACUCUAAUAAGACACUUUUGUUUGCAAUCCAAGGUUAUAGACUUGCUCUCUAAAAUAAAGAAGCGGGGUGGGCUCAAGUUACGAGAAGAUCAACAGCAAGGCUUCUAUGUGGAUGGCUUGAAACUGGUGCCCUGUGACAGUUAUGCACAAAUUGAGAGGUUAAUGGAACAAGGUACCAAAAUAAGAACCACUGCUUCAACCAGCAUGAAUGCCACCAGCAGUCGUUCUCACAUGGUCAUCACCAUUCAGUUCAAACAGGUAUGUACAAAACACUUUAGGUGUGGCCAAAUGUAAGUAGAGAGUUAGAUCUUAAAGCAUUGGAUUCCUUGUGAGGUUUGUGCUAUUUCCAUGGAUAUAUUGUAGACCAUCAAAACAAAGGACUACUUUAAUAGGUCGUGCAUAGUGAUCCUGUGGCAAGAGUGGUACAUGUAAGAGUUUCUAGUACAUGUGGACAAGACCUGAGAGUUGAGCUGCUAUCUGGUAUUUCGUGGACUUGGCUUGUGGCGCACCAUUGUCAAAAUCAUUGGCUUGGAUGUUAAGCAAUAACAUUAAGCAGGCCCCUGCCAUGGUUGACAAGAGAGGGGAAAAUGACUUGGGGGAAGAGGGAUUCUAGAACCACUAAACAGUUUGCAACAUCUUUUGUGUUAGGUUUGCAAUUUGAAGAACUGGUUUUGCAUAUUUUGAAAUCUGGGAUACUACUUAUUUUGUUUUGAGCCAACAGAGUUUUGCUUUGAUUGGUUAGAGCCCUAUCAACUUGUGAAGCAUGUACUAUAGUUGGAUGUGCUGAGUCCAGUAGUAAUGUCUCCUCUGCAAAUGCUGGUUGAGAGGAGGAGAACUUAAAAGGCUUGCACUGAUGAAGUUCCCCUUCUCUCCUUUCCCCAAUGCUGCUUCUUGUAGAUUUUUCUUAGAGAAGACAUCACUAAGCAAUCCAUUAUAAAUCUGGUAGACUUGGCUGGAAGUGAAAGACAAAAAUCAUCAGGAUCCGAAGGAGACAGGCUGAGGGAAGGGUCACGUGUAAAUCUAAGUUUGACCACCUUAGGAAAUGUUAUCAGGUACAAAAUAGAUUUUGUGAAGUGACCUAACCAUCCCUUUGGUAUUGCAUGAAUAGUAACUUUCAAUUAUAUGAUAAGCAUCUUAGAGCAAGCACCAGUAUUUUUGCUCAUUAGUCUUUAAAGCACCAGGUACAUAAUAUAUUUUUUAAAAAAUCCUUAUAGUUAAUAUAUAUACGACGCUUCCAGUCUUAGAAAUCCAAACUUAGAAACUUCCCUGAGUAGUACGCCCUUAUUUCAGAAAUAAGAGAAUCUCACUUUUCUGUUAACUUCCUUUAAGGGAUGUUGUUGACAAACAUUUUAAUGUAUUAUUUGGGAUAUUAAACUUUUUAAAUACUGCCACUUUUUUUUUUAGCAUUUCCUGAACAUCAGCCCACAUCCCAUCUAGUGACCUUAAAUGACUAAUUCUCAUAUGUAACAGUAACAAAUAGAAAUUCUUGUGCUCUUUAGCUUUGCAACAUAUUCAGAGAAUAUGGUAUUCAGAUAUAUGAUUUAUUUAUUUUAAAGAAAUAAAUCUCCUGUUCACCCUCUUUCCCUUCUAUCAUUUAUUGUUCUUCUAGUGCCCUGGCUGAGGCUGCUGUAGGGAAGAAAGUAUUGCACGUCCCAUAUAGAGAUUCAGUUCUUACAAAACUCUUGCAAUCUGCUUUGGGAGGAAACAGCAGAACUAUUAUGGUAAAGCUAUUUUUUGGGUAAAUUUGGUAAAUUAUAGCAAUUUUCUCCACUAGAAGAUGAAAAUGUGUAGUUUCUUGUUCUGUAAACACAUUUGAGACAGUGUACAUAAUUAUGUGUUCUUUGCUGUUUGGGUGCAGUAAAAAGGACUGAAAAAAAUCUGAUACACUGGCUGCUUGGGAGUUGGAUGCUGAUUACAUCACCUAGGAAUGAGAAAUAUUUCCCCAGCUCUGGCUACUGAACUGUAUUUGCAUAUCUUAUCCUCCCCCAUCCCCAAUUUCAAUCACUGAGAUAUUUAGAAUUUCACAGCCAGAUUCUCUUAAGCCGUUAUCUGGGCAGGUAUAUCAUCUGAAGUAAAGAGGCUGUUGUGUCUUGUCAUGUUAGUGCUGCCUUCAGCAACCUGUAAAGCUCCAGAUGUUUUGGACUACAGCACAUACUGGCUGGGAAGGAUAGGAGUUGUAAUACAAAACGACUAGAAGGCAACAGGUUGCCGAAGGCCACAUUAGUGAUUCGUGAAACCGCUUUCUCCUGUAUAUGUGCAGUCAAAGCCAUUCUUGGGACACAGGUGCUGUGUGGAAACAUUAAUGCAAACUCCAAAAUAUGCAGUAAGGCAAUUACGACCAGCCCAUAUGUCACAAAAAUGUGUUAAGCAUUUCUGUUUUUCAGAACUCCGUAUUAAGUUGAAUGUGAAGAAAAACAGGGCAGGGGGAGACAGGGAGCAAACCAAAAGUUGGCAUGAAAUUAAAGCCACAAAGUCUUUCUGCUUUAGAAAGUUUGUUUGCUAGUUUGGUUGUUCCUAAAAAUGUUUCUCUACUUCUUAUUUUGGAGGUUCUCCACCCACGCACCCCCACAAUGGAGCAGCGUGGUUUGCUAUCUGCUUUUGUUUUUGUUUACAGUAUUUUGUUAUCAACAUUUAUCUGAGAGGGGUUUAUUUGGCUAAGAGGUCUGCCAGUUACCAAUUCAUAUUCUGUUAGUAGUAGUCGCAGUAUAGAACAAAUAACUGAAAAGAAACUUGUCCUUUAACAUAUUUGCAGAUUGCAGCUAUCAGUCCAGCAGACAUGUGUUAUGAGGAGACGCUGUCAACUUUGCGAUAUGCUGAGAGGUAUAUUGUUUUCACAUCUUGUAAGAGAAGUGAUUGGAAUGGAUUUCAAAGGAGAGCAAGAAAUUAAAUAAUCAUUAGCUGCUAUUUAUUUGUGUGGGCACAUACUACCCUGUUCAAGAUCUGAUCCACCCUGGAAAUGUUAGGUUAAGGUACCCUAGACCAUUAGGUCCAGUCACGGACAACUCUGGGGUUGCGGCGCUCAUCUUGCACUAUAGGCUGAGGGAGCCGGCAUUUGUCCGCAGACAGCUUCCGGGUCAUGUGGCCAGCAUGACUAAGCCGCUUCUGGCGAACCAGAGCAGUGCACGGAAAUGCCGUUUACCUUCCCGCCGGACGUGCUUUCGAACUGCUAGGUUGGCAGAAGCUGGGACUGAACAAUGGAAGCUCACCCCUUUGCGGGGAUUCGAACCGCCGACCUUCUGAUUGGCAAGCCUUAGGCUCUGUGGUUAGUUUUAAAUGCGUACUCCUGAAUUAGAGGUCCUGUUCCUUUUUCCAAACCAAGUUAACUUCUAGAACACAUUUAGGGGAUUUAUAUGGGAUUGACUACUUUUUUGUGAAUGGCCACUGUUAAGAAUUUAAUUAUUACCAUCUGAAGUUUUCUACAUUUCAUUUAUUUCUAAGUGCAUUUGUUCAAUCCUGUGUGUAUAUUUAUCUGCAACUCAUAAUAAUGUUUCGUGCAUUCAGUGGGGUGAACUAUACUCCAGUAAAGCUUAAGUCAUAAUAAAUUUGUGAGUCUUCAAGCUGCCACAAGACUUUGUCUUAGUCUUGCAGCAAAAAGUAACAUGGGAACCCCUCUGGAAAUCAAGUCAUUAUUGUGUUUUAAUUAUAUCUCAUGUCAAUCCUUUGCUGCAGCCCAGGGAAAAGGGAGUGUUGAGGAGGGGAAGCAAUUUAAGGGAGACUGGGAUGUGUUUUUUCUCACUGUCUGGAGAAAGAGAACUGGGCUGGGCUGCUUAUUAUCUUACAAGAGGAAACAAGGGCCUUACAGCAGACAACAAAUCAUGUUGCCAUGACUAUUGUUUUUGCAUCCCCCAAAUUGCCACUGAAGCUUCGUGAGGGUAUGUUUCAUUUGAUUAUGUUAUUUGCUUUUGCUAUACAGCAGAAUAAUAGUCGUUGUCCCCCACCCCACUCCCGGUUUUUUUUUUUAAUCUGAAAGAACCAAAAAGAUAAAGAACAAAGCUGUGAUAAAUGCAGGUCCCACUGCGAAACUGAUAAAUGAGCUGAAGGCAGAAAAUUGUCAUCUGUUGUCCAGAUUGUCAGGCCUUGGAAACUCUGGUAAAACGGUAGCCGAUGAAACAAGUAAGUAUUCUUGAGGAAGAAACAACAUUUAUUGUAUUAGAAGACCUCGUGUUACCAUUCUGCUGCCUUUUCUACUGUUUUCCUUUUCUGAGAGACUUAUACAAAGUGGCGAGGCUUGGGGUCUGAGGCAUCUGGCUCAAGCAUACUCUCUUUAGCACACACCCCCACCCUGCCCUCCAACUACAGCCCCACAGAGGACCUACCAUCUGUUUCAGGAGGUCCCCUAGCCCCUCAGGAGCAGGUUUCGGGGAGGUGGUGGAGAGGGCUGUAGAGGUCCUUGGAAUCCAACCCAUUGUUUUUAAGGGAAUGAGCCCAUCGGGAGUGUAUUAAGGCGAACGGAGCUAGGUAUGUUAUACCUGCCUUGGAAACAGGUCACUCACACGCAAGAGCUAAAUGCUGAGGCAUUUGUGGCGCACUGGGGUUGGCAUCUUGCCUGCCCCCUUGUGGCAGCACUCCUGCAGCUGCCAGCUCCCCCAUUUCUCCCACAGGUUGACUCACGGGCUUUACCCAGAAGCAGUGCUGUAAUGCACCAUUACAACACUACUGACACCAAGUAAGCCUGCUUGCUUGUGAGCAUGAGUCUGGUAACUAUUCCACCUCUCCCUGUAGUGUUUGGUUGUGAGUGGACCUCAAUGUAGCCCCCCUCAUGCCCCCUGCAGAUCCAGGUCCCCUCCCCCUUUCUGCCCCUGCGAUUGUGCCUGCGCUGGUGCCAGUUCUGUCACCGCACAUUGUACCCUCACUUGUUGCUGUGCCUGCACUUCUGCUACAAUGCAACAGCGGCAGUGAAGGCGCAGCGCCAGCUGUGAGGGCAACAGGGUUGGGUUGGCAGCGUGGACAAACCCCCAGGGAGGCUGGCAGCAGCCCAGUGGUGGAGGUGGGUAGGCGGUCAGAUGCACUGCCUGAAGCAAAUGGCCUCAUCACCACCACCCCCAAUAGCUAAAAACACGCUGAACCUCACAGGAUCGGUGCUGCUUGAGCCUCAGUCUAAAAAGGAUUAUUCCUUUUGCAAGCAGUGCAGACCUUGAAAUACUAUAUAAAAUACUACACCUGACCUUAUAAGUAGUCAACAUUUGUAAUGCAGUGCCUGCCACGUGACAUAGGUAAUGUGAGCCAAAGUUACUUCAAGGAUCUCCAAUAUGCAUAAAUUAGGGGUAGUAAAAUAGAUCCAGAAACCUUUCAUCAGUUUUUCUGGUAGGAUAGAAGCACUUGAACAUACUGUAUGGCUAAAGUUCCUAGCUAUAAAUAUUUCACUAGUGCUUAAGAACUGUUUGUUUCAGUUACGGAAUAUAUAAGAAUCAUAAAUAUCUGAGUAUUUCAAGCCUGCUAUUUCAGGGUGGCUUAAAGAAGGUACCGCAGAAUUCAUUUGGAGAGAGAAAGAGUGAACACUAUAUAUAUAUUGGAUUUUUAUUGUUGUUGUUUUCAUAUUUCAUCCAUAAUUAGUUUAGUUUUGUUUAUUCCUUCCAGAAGAGCUUCGCUGUUUGCUAGCUGAAAAUGAGCUGCGGAUUCAAGCCAUUCAGGCUACCUGGGAAUAUCGUCUGGAAGAAGCCCGGAAAGAAUGGGAGCAGCAAUAUGCUGCAGUAACCCAGGUCAGGACAUCUGGACACUGGGUGUCCAUCCCCAUCAUUCCUCAGCUUGAGAAAUGUUUUUAAAGUAGCAAUUGUUGGAGCAAAGUGCUAGACCAUACAGUUAAAUUCUGUUUUUUCUCCCAAAGAAUCCUGAGAACUGUAGUUUGUUAAGGGUGCUGGGAACUAUAGCUCUGAGAGGCAAAUUACAGAAUCCGAGACCAGGGAGAAGAGUCGGUGGAAGAAGAUUGGAAGAAAUUUAAAGACUAUUUACAGAAAUAUUGCAAAAUCAAUGAAUGUUAGAAUGAAGUUAAGUGGUUUAAGCAGCAAUGUUAUAAAGGUGUAUGUAAAAAUGGACUGUUAACAGGUGAGAAUCCAAAGCUAUAACAUAUUAAGUUAAAGGAUUGAGAGAAAAUAAAGAGGGAAAGAAAUUGCUGAAUUAACUAACUGAAUUGGAAUACAAAAAAGGGAGGUAUGAGGAGGUCAGGGAAGCAAGGAAAUGAAUGUAAGGCAUGGAAAGAUUGAUGUAUUUUUUAAAGUGUUUUUUAUUCUUUUUUCUGUAUUUUGUAUUUUUCUUGUAUUUUUACUUUUGUUUUUUUGUUUUUGUUUUCUUCUUUAUUUAUGUAAUUCUUUUCUUUGAAACCUUAAUAAAUAUCAUUUAAAAAAAAAAAAAGAGAGGCAAAUUACAAUUCCCAGGACUCUUUGACGGAAGCUAUGUACUUUAAAUGUAUGGUGUGCAUACACCCCAAACCAGAGCUUUCCAAACUUUUCAUGUUGGUGACACACUUUUUAGACAUGCAUCAAUUCGUGACACAGUAAGUCAUUUUUACUAGCAAACCAGAGGUUAAAGGUAACCCCUUUCCAGCUCUGGGAGGAGCGCGGGGAGUGUUUGCGCAACACACUGCAGCCGACACACUAAUGUGUUGCAAUGCACAGUUUGGAAAGCUGUGCUCAAAAUGUUCAUUUUAUCUGGUUCAGAAAGGCCGUCCUCUUCUGAAUGUUUUUAAAACAAUAUGUACCUAAUUAGCACGACUAUAUACCAUGUACUUGGGAGUCUUGUGCAAGUAGGCUUCCCCAUUAAUUUCAAGGGAGAGGGCAGCCCAUCCUACAGAAAAGGAUGCUUGCUCAAAACUUCCUUUGCUAUUGAAAUGAGUGAGAGAGCUCUUGCUGGUGGAGGAAGGUACUACAAUACAGGUUGGCACCUUCCACUUGAAGAACUUAUUGGAUUGUGGUGAGCAAUGGCUGAUAUAUUAAUAAGAUUGAGCUAUGCUUCUUAUAGCAGCCACCGCAGCAGCAAAUAUUGGAAUGUGUCACAUUUUAUUGGGUAUAAAAUGUUGCAGUGUGUGUGCUCAGAAAAUAUCGUUCUAUAGAACUAGUGUUGAAGGAAUAUUAUUAUUAUUAAUAAUUGAAUUUGUUAGUCUGUAUCUUGGCCAGGGCAAUGAAAAGUGACUUACAAACAAACAAACAGACAAAAAGAAGAAACUCCACAUAGAUACUUUAAAACUAAGAGGGAAAAGUAAUACAUUAAAAACAUGGAUAGUUAAAGGCCAAAGGCCUAGAUAUAGAAGAAAGCUUUUGCCCGGCACCUGAUGUCUCCAGGCAAGCCUCUCUAGGGAGAGCUUUCCACCAACAAGUAGCCACCACCUGAUUUUGUUCUUUCUCAUGUUGCCAUCCUCCAGACCUCUCAUGGAGAAGGCACAUGAAAAAGGGCCUCAGAUAAUGAUUGCAGGGGCCAGGUCAGUUCAUAUGAGGACUGGGUGCAACAAAUUAAAAAUGCAUGCAGGCGUAUGGGAAAGAGCAAUUGCGAAAAAGGCCUCUAUGUUGCUAAUAGCUGCAGAAACAUGUAUUUGGUCAUGGGGUGGUGUGAUCAGUUAUCAGGAACCAAAAAUAUAGGAACAAGGAGUCCAUGCAAUUACUAUCUAAUCUUGAGAAACAUAAUAGUGACAGAAUGACUGGGGGGUGGGUAGGUGUCCAGGAACUCUUGCAUCCUAUGGUUACAGAUAGCCACACAGAUGCUAUGUCCUGUAUGAAUUCUUACCUAUUCUUACAUUUAACCUUGAGCAUUUUUAUUAAAGUAGCUAGAUUUUUCAUCAGAGGAAGAAUUGCUAGCCUUGUUUAUGACCGCAGGUGCAGUCUCUGGAAAGAAGAGACUACUUAUUUGGAAGCCACUUGUCACAUAUGUUGUUGGCUGUCAUUUAGUGGGAAGAGUGUGCUGAAAUAAGGUUUAAUUAAUUCCACAGGAAAGAUGGAUGAUGGAGACAUGUCCUUAUCUUGUGAAUAUCAAUGAAGACCCUCAGCUUUCGGGCGUUCUCAAAUAUUUCAUUCAAGACGGUAUUAUUUUGUUUUAAGUGCUAAAUGUGUGUUGCUCCAUUGGGUGAUCCAUUUUAUAUUAUUACACAUCUGAGUAAUGUAACCAAAACAAGUGAGUCCUUUUCCAAGGAGGUUGCAAACAAAACUUUUACCCCUGGGGAGACAAGAUGGAAGGGUGGAAAGGGUAAUUCAGUAGGGCAGCAUAUUUGCUUACCCACAGAAUAUUGAGUUAUGGAACAGCAUACAAAUGCUUAAAAUAAAAUGAGAUUAAUAUGCACAAUUUCAGUUACACAUGCUUUUAAAUGUAUACCUUAUUCUAGUUUAUUGUCUAGCAUAUUGAUAAAGCUUUUUCUUUUUGUAAAUUAACCAACUGCAAUUAUAUCCCCCAAAUAAGCUCACUGCUAGCCACCCAGAUUGUUCUUGUCUUUAGCAUUUCACAGGGAAUCGUGUUUACAUACACCGUUAAAAAGAUGUUCACCACAGUUUUCCAAAGCAAAGUUUACACAGGAAACAUUUUAUUUCAGGUUCUUCAGAUGUUGGUCAAUCAUCCUCAAAUGCGAUAACUCUCCGAGGUUUAGGGUAUGUAGAUGAGCUUAUUCUUUUUCUGCAGGAAAUUUCAUCAAGAAUGUGGUAACUUUUUUUGGUUUUGAUUAUAAUUAGUUGGGAGGGAGAUAGAAACAAUAAAUAUGCUACUAGAUCAGGGGUAGGCAACCUAUGGCCUGUGGGCCGGAUGCGGCCCAAUUGCCUUCUCAAUCUGGCCCACGAAUGGUCCGGGAAUCAGCAUGUUUUUACAUGAGUAGAAUGUGUGCUUUUAUUUAAAAUGCAUCUCUGGGUUAUUUGAGGGGCAUAGGAAUUGGUUCAUUCCCCCCCCCCCAAGAAUAUAGUCUGGCCCACCACAUGGUCUGAGGGAUGGUGGACCGGCCCACGGCUGAAAAAGGUUCCUGACCCCUGUGCUAGAUGAUGCUUACUAAAGUUAUUACCUGUCUCUGUCACUAAGGCUAACAUUGCAAGAUAUUUCAUUCAAAACUUUGAUGUGGGUUUAAUUUAUUGCUUUCUCUUAGUUUGUCUUGGGUCAUUUGGCCUUUUCUAUAAGUGAGGAGGGUCAUAUGAGCACCGGGGUAUCAGUCCUGUGUUUACAUGGUUGAGAAGUGGGAAUGCCAAACGAACAUGAAUGCAGCCUCAAACACACAAGGGGACCUCAUUUCCUCUGCUUAUUGUAACUGGGGUUUUACACCUAUUUAAUGCCUACUUUAGCAUUAAAAUAUAUAAUAAUAACAACCAUUUGUCUAACCCAUCUAACUAUUUGCUCCAUACGGUAGGGGCUCUCCAAGGUUUUAGGCAGAUUUUUAGUGAACCUUGAGAUCUUUUAAUUGGAGAUAAUGAAGGAUCCAGCUUAGGACCCGUGUCAUGGAAAGCAUCUGGACUCUGAGCUUGAGAUCCUUCCCAUCCACUUUUCCUUGAGUCUUAUUCCAAAUGGUGCCUUAUUUCUCCUUCCCUAUUUUUACUAGAAAUAAACCAAUGCUAAUUUUACUCUGAUGGUGCAGUGAAAGAUGUCUGUCACGAUCUUGAAUAGCUUGCUUUACAACUGUCUUUCAGCAUUUUGGAUAAGCAUGCAACAUUCACAAAUGCUGAUGGUAAAGUUACUAUAACACCUCGGGAUAAGUGUAAAGUCAUUGUUAAUGGUGUCCCCAUUGCUGUGAAAACGAAACUGCAGCAUCUGGUAAGUUCUUUGUUUGUUAACCAUUUCCCCAUGCUUUGCUGUACUGCUUGUAUAGCUCAGUUUCUUAGUUAUUACACUAACUCUUGCUGUGUAAAGACCAGGUUUCUAAAGACAGCUUUCAGGCUCUGAAAAUAUAAUUAAAUAUAAUGCUUAACAACCAAUUGUGCAGUAGAAAGGCUUUCAGCAAGCCCUGUAUACUCAAUCCCUCAGGACCGUAUUAUUUUGGGGUCAAAUAGUGCAUAUCUCUACAUUGGACCACCUUCAGAUCGUACCAGCGAGGACCUGACCAGAUACGAUUAUGAUUUCAUUCAGUCAGAGUUGGCAGCAGCAGAAGGUUUCAGUGUAGAUAAACUUGGUAAGCACUAUAAUGUAUUAGUUUUCUUGUUGAUUUUCUAGAUUUGUUGCUCCUGAUUUAUUUGUUAUUUUAUUACACCUUAAUAUUUCAUGGUAAGCUACCUACCCUGAUAACUUGAUUGAAAGGUAUGGUUCACAUAUUAAUCCCAACACAAACAUGGUGCUAAAUUAAUAUGCUAUGAACAAAUCUGGAUUAAGGUGGUUGGCGCCCCUAGUUCAGUUCCCAAAAGAAGGCACCCCCUACCUCCCCCCAAAAAGGAAUGGAAGAAAUAAAGUAUCCAAAAAUACAUCUUGAAGUAUAUUAAAGACUAACACAUUUAUUACUGUAUAAGAUUUUGUGGAUCACACACACACACACACACACACCCCCUUAAGAAAAUUAGCAAAAAAUAAAAUACUUCAAGCACAUGCAGUUUCAUAUUUUAAACUUCUCAUUGUUUUUUGCUCACUUCCUAACUUGGGUUGGUCACCAGCUCACAUGACUGUUCUGCAGAUAUAGGAGGAGGCAUAAAAUGUUGCUUCCUUUAAUCAGAGUGAUGUAUCUUUGUGUUAUAAAUGUCCAUAUUUUUCUGGGUAGUCCAACUCUGCCAAUUAGUACAGUUCCAAGACUUCAACCAAUCUUAAUCUAGCAUGAUUAUUGUAUGUUUCAACAAUGCACAGCAGCUGAAAUUUCAAUAACCUAGUCAUUUAUUUCUCUGCCAUAACCAUGAAAACUGUUCUUGCCUAGACUUGAUGAUAAGGUGCUUUUUUUCUAAGGUGCUGCAAACAGGAAGGAUGGCAAGCCAGAUCCCAGCGUCCUUGCUGUGUUCCAUGAUUAUCUUAAGUUAAUGCCUUUGGUUGCGGAAGCCAAUCAAAUGAGUGUGGAGCUGAGGAAGGUAAGUUUGUGUGUGCCAUUGUUUUCUGCAGGCGAAAGUCAUCCUGUUAGUUCAACGGACCUGAUAGUCCACUGAUUACACCUGUUGGGUAAUUCUGUGUGUCCAAACCAGAGAUCAUCACAUGCAACUAUGGGAAAUAACAAAUUUAUUUUCUUCAGGAGAAAAAGCUCCUUCUGUAGAGCUGAGAAUAAAGCUUGCAAGCCUAAUUCUCAACCCUGUACUGCAUGGUGAAACAAAAAGAGUACAUAAAGUGAAUGCCUCUUACAAUAGAGAGGGGCUGCAUUUAACAAUAUGUGUUCCUGAAAGUGUGUUCAGGGGUUGGACUAACUUGUCCAGUGCCUUUGAUGAUUUUUGUCUCUCUGCGUUUGGGUCUACAGUCUGUGCUGGUGCUGCAGCUAUCUGCAGCUCUAAAGAUUUUUGCGGCUUAUUGCAAACUCAACCAUCUGACAAUUAAUCAUGGGAAAUCUAAAGUCCUGGUCUUUACCAGGUCCCGGAAAACUUACAGCUGGAAGUUAGAUGGAGUCCAAUUAGAACAAGUUUUCAAAUUUAAAUACCUGGGAGUCUUUUUUUCACUACAACCUAAGCUGGAAGCCACAGAUACAGUAUUUACUAAACAAAGGGAAAACAAUACUUUAUCCUCUACUCCAAUUUGUUGCGGCCGACGGAGCCUCCCACAUCCCUUCUGCAUUGAAGGUGUACCAUGCAAAAGUGGUUUCCACCCUCUGUUAUGCUGCCCCGCUCUGGGCCCCAGGAUCCAAUUUAACAUCGUUGGGGACAUUGCAGAAUCAGUUUCUCCGUCGCCUCCUGAAACUCCCCAUGUGUGUGAGCAACGCAGCCAUACGUCUGGAGUUAAGGAUUGCAUCAUUGGAGACGGUCAUCUGGAAGCGAGUCUUUGGCUAUUGGCUGUCCAGCUGGCACAGGCUUCCCAACCAUUACCUUUUUCAGUGCCUCUGGCGGGACGACUUUGUCAAUCCAUGGGUAGGAAAAUCCAUGCCAAACUUCUGAGCAUCGGAAUUUCCCCAGCGGACUCCUUAAAGAUGAACUUACGCUCAGCCAAAAGACUUAUUGAGCAGAGAUUAGCAGACAUUGAAAAUCAACACAACCUCGCCGGGGGUGAGGGUGUCUGCUCCCCCAGGUAUCACGGAAUAACCUCACCACUUGGCCUUCCAUCAUACAUGUCAUCUCUUUCAUCUGUACCACACCGACAUGCAUUUAUUCGUGCAAGGUUCAAUGUCUUUCCAUCGAACCUGCUGAGCCACAGAUUUUCCAAGGGUUUGGUGUCUCCGCUAUGCGUGUGUGACGGGAAUACUGUUGAUUCUCUCUCACAUAUAAUGUUCAACUGUCCCCGACAUAGCAUAGCCAGGACUAAAUUCCUGGGCCCUGCUUUACUGCGCUUGGUUGGCAGGCCUGCUGAGUCACAUGCCGCACUACUUUUGCAGGAUACAGAUCCUUCUGUAACUCUGCAGGUGGCGAGAUUCCUGAAUGCAGUUAUCUCACACACAAAAACCACCAAAAACAACAACAUCAAAAACUAAUCGGACAGUUUUGAAGAGAGUGCAUGUCGGAUCCCGUCUUUAGUUCUCCUUUUUCAGGGAUCCGUCCCUUGGAGCUCUCCGGGCCCCAAGCUGUUAUCUGGCUCUGCUCAAUGACCUACCCCUGCAUCAUGGUGUUCACCUUCUGGUGCCGAAUAUAUUAGUUUUUAUGCCUCUGUGCUUUUAUGUUUGUACAUACUUUAUGGGCUAAUAGCCGUAAAUAAAUAGAUAAAAAAAAUAGAUAUCUGCAUAGCUACAUUCCCUUGAUGGGCUAUAUUGCCUGCAUUGUUCAAUAUGUACUAAGUUGUACUGUGUUGCAGGAUGAGGCCUAUUUUUCUUUUUUUGAGGGGGUGAUAGUGGAAGUCCACUGGUGGAAGAUGGUGGAAUUUUUCUCCAUUUUCAGAAAUAUCACACUUUAUGAUUUUGUCUCUCCUAGAAAAUAAAACUACAUUAUUGGACAGGAGAAGGCAACCACAAGAACUACUUGGCUUCUCCCUUUUUUUCUUUUUUUGCAAGAUUUACUGUGAUUUAGUCCCAUUCUUUAAACUGUGAGAGAGCUUAUCUAUCUAUCUAUCUUACCUAUUAACACCCUACUGUUUAUGUCAUCUACCUCUUACACCAUUUAAAAGGAACUUGCACUAUAGUGAUUUGCAUAUAUACCCAAUUUUAACGAUUCUUGAGAUAUUUGUCUAUUUUAGUUUUCUAAAUUGAAAGCUAGUCAGCUACAGAAAAACAUUUUUGAUAUGGUGUGAUUUCUUUCUCUUUUUUUAACAGGACCUAAUUUUGGAACUGAAAGUGAAAAAUUUGGCUUCCUCUGACUCUAGAGGCUAUGAUCUGCAAAAGGAGAUCAUAGUUAAAGUGGCGCACAAAGUUACAAACCAGGUAAAGUAGUCUCAACCAUUAGUCAUGGCAAGUUGUAUUGAGAAAGACUAUGGUGUGCGCUUCACAGGCUACUCUAUUUUACACCAGCUGGGCUUUCCCUGCCCAUCCAAAGUCCUCCCUGCUACUGUCUCAAUAGCUGGUUCCAGUUUGACAAGGGAGGCUGCUGGUUCUGAUGCCAAAGCCCCAGAUCUGGUCUCCCAAAUUUGUCCCCUUUUCUUUGUAUUCUUUGUUCAAGACAAGUGUAAGCUUUUUGAAAAUACAACUUAGUUUUUACAGUAUGAACCUUAUGAUUAGAAUAAUUCAAGUUACCUCAUUUCUCCAGAUAUGGGUUUGGUCAAAACCCAAGUUCAUCAACAGGAAGUUUUUAAUGGAAGAGCUCUAUCAGCGUUUCUUAGAUGGAGAAGAUGUGCAGGUUGACAAAGAAAGCGAUCCAUUCUGGGAUCCCGUGGAAGUAAUCCAUUUAGGAUCUGCUCACAUCUGGCUCCAGUCCCUUGCUUAUUGCAUGAAACUUGAGGAACAAACAGAACUCCUGAAUUCUGAAGGAAUGGAGGAAGCCAUCAUUCUUAUCAAUAUCAUUCCAUGCUCUCCAAAUGGAAGGUGAGCAUCUGCUGUUUGUUUUCUUGAAAGGCUACUUGGGCUUGACUUGAAGAUUUAUGCCUGUACCUUUAAAACAGGGGUUGCUAACCUGUGGGUUUUUAGGCGCUGUUGGACUACAACUCCCAUCAUCCUGUAGUAUUGGCCAUGGUCCGAUGGAGUCCAAUAACACUUGGAAGGGCAUGGGUCAGCCACGCUUGCUUUAAAAGCUGUGAUGCACCAAGAAAUUAGGCAGCUGCUGUGCCUUCCCCUUCCCUCACUGAUUUGCCAGCCCCAUUGCUCUCCCAUUUGUUGUACAACAGACACGACUUUAGGAUGGGCAGAGGCUGAUGGAGCAAUGGGCAGAAGACGGGGGGGGGGCUGUAUCUUUCUACUACCUAGGAAACAUGCCGAUAUGUUUAACAACUUGGAGGCAGAAACUUGACAACCCUGUUUCUUACUGCCUCUUCUGAAGCUUGCAGAUAAAAAUUCUUAACUGACAAAGAACAUUUGAAGUCUGACUAGGUAUAAAUUUAUUAUACAUUUGUUUAUAAAGAUUUCUAAACCACUAUUUUGGGCAUAAUAGCCCUCACAAAGUGGUGCACAGCUGUGAAAUAAAACAAACAAAACCAUCUGUUUAAAACAUUCACCCAUUAAACUGUAGAAAUUGAUCCAAAAUGGCAAUGAAUAAGUUGCAGAUUGAAAUAAAAAUCUAUUUUAAGCAAAGCAAAUAAUGGGACGCGGGUGGCGCUGUGGGUUAAACCACAGAGCCUAGGACUUGCCGAUCAGAAGGUCCAGAAGGUCUAUAGUCCAGAGCGCAGUGCUGGUUUAGAGUUACAUCCAAAUAAGAUCAAAGUCACUACCAUCUUGCAUAUUAAUUCCCAUUUUCCCCAUUUUAUUUUUAAAUAGAGCCUUUGGAGAGGACGAUAUGGUCAUUGAUCCUUUGGAAUUGCUGGGCAAAAGAAUUGAUUUCCAAAUUCACAUUUUACAAUGCCUUGGAGUCAAAUGGAUAAAAGAAGUGGCACAGAGAGGGAUUCAGAUUGGGUAUUGUUAGUUUAAAGCUUCCUGUGAAAUAUUCUCAGUUUGGCUCCGGAGUAAAUAACAAUUUCACAACUGAGUUUCCUUUUGCAUGUAAACUUUACCCAAGAUAGUAAUCUUUUCAGAUAAUGUUGGGUAUCUGAAUUUCUUCAGUUAUGCACUUAAAUCCAUUCUUGACUUGCUGGUCUCUUUCCUGUUGUUGCUGAUUUAGUAAAUAAUUUAGCUUUAUAACUAAUAGAUUAUAAUGAUCUCCACGGCAACUCCAUGGGUUGUUGCAGGGUCAGCCUGUGCUUUUUUCAACUCCUAGUAUUGCACAGCACUGUAAACCAGGAGUAGGCAAUAGGAUGUCCUCCAGAUGUUAAUGGACUCUAGUUCUCAUCAUCAGUAACCAGGAAUGAUGGGAGCUGGAGACUAACAUUAUCUGGAGGGGCCACAGGUUCCCCAUCCCUGAUUUCAAUGAAGCUUGUUCAGAAGAACUUCCUAGUGAACUGUGUCCAGUGGAUGCUAAUGCCUGCUACGUCAAGUAGUCAAGAUUAGAACUGAGUUGUACAUAUCUUCAAGGGAAAUGUAUUUUUGGAAAUUGUGACAUUUUUGGCCGAAAAACAGUAUUAAAAAUGACUGCCAUAAAGAAAUUAAGAAACCAUUUCAUGAAAUUUAUUGGGCAUGCAAGACAAUUUUUUAAAAUUAAUAAGUAGGAAGGAAAAUCUAACCUUGAAAUGUUGCUUCAAGAUUGUCAUAUUUCUGUUAUUUCAAGCAGUUGAUCUCUUUGGACACAGACCUUAGUUUUUAAUUGGGUCUUCGUUUGUUUUACUAUUUUAGAUAUAAAUUUUAUGAUCUCCCAUGCUCAUUAUACACAAAGCCUGUUUGGAAAAAUGUGAACCCGAAGAUAGAAGAGCUAGUAAAAUUUUCAACCCUUAAUAUGUCCCAUGAUUUUUUGAACUAUCUGCAGAAAAAUGCUCUAAUUGUUGACUUGUGGGGGCUUCAAGGUAUGCUUUUGACUUUUUAUCUUGAUAAAGCUAUGUAUACACCUUUAUAUUCAGUACUUUGUAUCUAAAAGCAUGGCUUUUGUUUGGAAAGAUAACAUAAAGCUGCCAUGUACAAAGUCAAACGAUUGAUCCUUCUUGCCUAGGCUUGCUUCCUCCAACUUGUGGUGGCAUGGCAUGUACAUCUCAUUAAACCACAGUUCAAUAAUAGUUUAUUAAGCCAUAAGCUGCCCCACGGACAGUCAAGCAAACCUUUGUUUCAUCAUACCUUGAGUCAUUUCCUCCCCCUGGCUAUUUCCACCAUCUCCUGUCUCUCUACCUACUAUCCCAAAAAUCUUUGUGGUGCCCCACUCAUGGCACUUCCUUUUUCCCAUUCCUGUUGGACAGUGUGUGGAAAUGUUCCUGAAGUUUUUAAUCAGCUGUAAUCAACAGCCAACUCCCUUUCCUUGCCCCAUGAAGAAGAGUUUGGAUUUGAUAUCCCGCUUUAUCACUACCCUAAGGAGUCUCAAAGCUGCUAACAUACUCCUUUCCCUUCCUCCCCCACAACAAACACUCUGUGAAGUGAGUGGGGCUGAGAGAAGUUCUUUACAGAAUUUAUUUCCAUUCCUCUCCUCACAGCCUAUCAGCUUUAUUUCCCUACUCACCAAUCACCCUGUUGUGUAUUGACCCUCCUGUCUUGUCAAACCAAACCUGUGCUCUUAGUUGCUGUUCUGCAUUACAAGCAGCAGACUAUGGCAUGGUGAAAGCAAAAGGUCUUUCAAGCUGCCCUGCACCUCUCCUUGAACAUCCAGCUUUUGCAUGUUUACACAGCAGUAUGAGGCUGUUUGUAAAAGGGCUUUCAAACAGUCCCAUGCUCCAUUCUGAAGUCCUGACAAUCAAGGCUUGAAAACACCACAUCUUCUGACAUCAAGUGAUUGGCAGUUCACCCCUGCUUUUAAUGUUAAUCUGUGGUAUGUGUUGUAACUGAAUCGAAGGUUUGGACAGCUUUGUGGUGCUGCAAGUAGGUCAUGCUGACUUUUAGCCCUGUACAGUGGUACCUCGAGUUACAUACACUUCAGGUUACAUACGCUUCAGGUUACAGACUCCGCUAAUCCAGAAAUAGUACCUCGGGUUAAGAACUUUGCUUCAGGAUGAGAACAGAAAUCGAGCGGCGGCAGCGGGAGGCCCCAUUAGCUAAAGUGGUGUUUCAGGUUAAGAACAGUUUCAGGUUAAGAACGGACCUCCGGAACGAAUUAAGUUCUUAACCCGAGGUACCACUGUACCUUGAUUAUGUGUGGUUGGGCCCUUUAUGAUAGAAUAAAGAGUGCUCAGUUAUGUGAGAUGCUAGGUAGACCUUGAGUUUAAAUCCCCCUGGCUCUUCUUUAGAGAGCCAGUGUAGUGUAGUGGUUAAGAGCGGUAGUCUCGUAAUCUGGGGAACCGGGUUCGCGUCUCCGCUCCUCCACAUGCAGCUGCUGGGUGACCUUGGGCCAGUCACACUUCUUUGAAGUCUCUCAGCCUCACUCACCUCACAGGGUGUUUGUUGUGGGGGAGGAAGGGAAAGGAGAAUGUUAGCCGCUUUGAGACUCCUUAAAGGGAGUGAAAGGCAGGAUAUCAAAUCCAAACUCUUCUUCUUCUUCUUCUUCUUACACUUUGAACUAUUGACACAAAACAUUUUGAACUCUUGCUGGCCGAUUCUGCUUGUUCGUUGUGAGACCACGACAGCUACAAGGCUUUGCCCUACUGUAUCUUAUAUUUAAAGCAUUUAAAGUUAAUUACAUUACUCAGCAGCCACACUCUAACCCCACCUAGGACCAAUGACUAGACUAGUGCAGUUGUUCUCCCAGGAGAUGCUGGCGCCUGUAUCCAGCACCCUUGUUUCCCUUGGAUACCUUGCAUGUGCAGUAUCAUAAUGGCACAUGUUAGACAGGAGUGGAGUGGCAGCAGACACCUGAAGCAGCAGAAUAAGGUAGCUUUAGGGGAAAGAGGGGUAAUUAAGGGGGGCUGAUGAUGCUCUUUCUAGGAACAUGCUGUUCUUUGUUACCAAUGUUUAAAGUGAUAUAGGAUGAGAAUGUGGGGGAUAUAAUCUAUAAUUGCAAUAUCUUCCCAAUAAUACAGAAGGAUGUGUGCAACUGGAUUCCUCUCGGCAAGACAUGGCAUUAACAAGGGAGAGCUCUAUUAUCAUUGAUAAUCCCAGAGCUGAGGUUCUGAGACACACCAGUCUGGUAAGUGUAUUUUUGGUAUUCUUGCAUGUGGUCAAAGAUCAUAACCAAGCAGUGUCCCAAUUUCAUGUAGCUUAUAUGGCAAGUGUUUUUUUGCUGCUAACAUGAAUUGCUUUCCCCCUGCCGUUGAGAAUGGAAAAAGAUCUAAAUAACCCCAGAAACAAACUUAGGGACAAAAAACUGAUAACUAUUUACUAGGGACAAAUUCAAGGCAAUAGGGACUUUCCUUGUACAUGGGGACAGCUGGAGUCUAUGCAGCCAUAUGAUGGCCAAAUGUGCCAUGAAACCAAUACUGUUUCCAUAUGUACACAUUAUUGCAUAUGUACACACUUCUUUGUGAUAAGAAUUUCUUCUAUUUUUAGGACACAGAAAACCAGAUUGCUGAACUUUACCAAAAGCUGUUAAAACUAGAGCAAGAGACUGAACUGCUUAGAGAUAUUAACAGAGCUCUAAGGGAAGAAAAUGUACUUCUGAAGGAUAAAUUGAAAGCGUGCGAGAUGGAAACCCAUAAAAGUAAGCACCUGACCCCUUUUAAAAAGGCAAAGGACCCCUGACAGUUAAGUCCAGUCGUGAAUGACUCUGGGGUUGUGGCGCUCAUCUCGCUUUACUGGCCGAGGGAGCUGACAUUUGUCUGCAGACAGUUUUCCCGGGUCAUGUGACCAGCAUGACUAAGCCGCUUCUGGCGAAACCAGAGCAGCGCACGGAAAUGCCAUUUACCUUUCCUCUAUUUAUCUGCUUGCACUUUGGCCUGCUUUCAAACUUCUAGGUUGGCAGAAGCUGGGACCGAGCAACGGGAGCUCACCCCGUCGUGGGGAUUCGAACCGCCAACCUUUCGAUCAGCAAGCCUGAGGCUCAGUGGUUUAGACCACAGCUCCACGCAACCCCUUUUACUUCUGCUUUAAUUAUGCUGAAUUUGACCCUCUUCGGCUGCAAUCCUGAGAGGGGAGGGGGAACUGAAGGCUGUUUAAUUCCAUACCCUGAGACCUGCUGGGCUCUUUCCAACAGGGUGGAACUGAGGACGGAGGAGCAUUCUUAUAUUCCCUCAACCAUUUUAUAGUUUAUUUUUAAACUAUAAACUAUAAACCAAACUAUAGUUUGGUUCUAAUAGGAAGGAAAUACAAGGGAGAGAUAUUUACAUCAGCUCCUAAGCUAGUUUAAGUGUCUUUCUGGUUUGGAGAUAUGUCAGGUGGCUGAGGCAGCUUUGGAUCCUUCAAGCCAUUAUCUGGUUCUUCCUCCAAACUCUUCCUGUGACAUGCUCACUACUUUCUACAGAUGUCAGAACUCCAAUGCUGGUAGGCUCAGGGUGUUGGAGGUUUCCUUGGUGGCAGGGAGGUUCCCCUCCCUUAUGUAGGAGAAGGGAGUACCAGUGUAUACUACGUCCUCUUGCAUGCCCUCCCAGGGCCAUAGAAUUGCAGCCGUAAAGCAUUAACUGCUCAUAUUUACUUUAAUACAUUUUGGGACAGGUGACAGCUGGCAGGUUUCAGGUGACAUUAUCAUGCUUGAUUUAUUGUAGUAGUGGCCCAUCUCAAGGUCUCAAAACAAAUUUUGCAUUAAUAUAUGCAUUGGUGUAUCCAUGUAAAAAUGUUUUACUUGUGCAAGAUGUUCUGCUUAUUAUAAAUGAUCAAAAACAGGAUUACUAUUUUUUACAUCUAUUGAUUGAAACUCAGGACAGGAAGUUGGCCUUGGCCCUGACUGCAAAAGUCUGCUAGUAACUUCAAAUUAAAAAAAGUUUUAAGAGGAAGUGAAGAUGAGCUGCAAGUAAAAGCCAGGAAUCUCAGCACCAUUGAGUAUGGAGCAUUUAGCUUUUGCAUACCUUUUUGUACAGAUUGCUGGAGGGGGGCAACAAGAACACCAAAAUUCUGGCCGUAAGUGGCUCUUUCCUUCUGUCUGUUGAUACUAAUCUUCACAUCUUCCUGUUUUAGGUAAGAUCUCAAAAUCUCCUACAAAACCCCAAGCUGCUAAGGUAACUCAAUCAGCGUCAAAAGAUUCUCGCCCAGUUUGCAAUUCUCGGAUGAGCUGCGAUGCAGAAUUUGCUAAAGCCCUCAAAGCCUUCUACCAGAAUAUGAAUGUGAUCAGAGGCCAGUUUUUGAAAAUAAAGCACUGCAGAGCUCCGGUAUAUAUAUAUAUCUUAACUGAUUCUUAAAAAGAAAGGCUGAAUCUAUCCUUAAUUUUUUCCCAAAAUAAUAAUAAUCAGUACAAUCCUUUUGAAAACAUCUACAGUGAACCAGUAGAAAAUUCUCCCAGGACUGUAACUUUCCUCUUUUGCUGCUCUCUUAAUUCUACAGCUCUUAAGAAUGCCCAAGUGUUCCUCACACUAGGAGCCAAAUAAUGAAGUACAUAAUGUUUUCCAGACUUGUAAAUGUAUUAUAUUGCAGGGCAAAUGCACCUUGUGUCCAAUGGGAGGGUUUAUUUAUUUAUGAAGGCUGAAACUGGGACACAGGAAUGCAGAGUACGCCUCUGCUUUCACUUCCAUUGUCAAGACUGAAGAGCUUUUGAAUAAAGCUGUAGUACUGCCUUCAUAGUUCACCCCCCACUUAGGAUUUACUGUUGCUCGGGUGUGUUCUUCCUUGCUGAGUUAAGUUGUCCAUUUGCUGGUGUAAGCUAUCCUUUCCUUUUCACACUGCAGCUUCUGCAUUUCAUUUCAUUUCCAGGAAGAAGAUAAUGUGCAACUACUUCGACAUUUUGCUGAGAGACAGUCACACAUGUUAAAGGACUUUGGAGAGCAACUUGAGUCAAGUAUAAGUAAACUGAAAAAUGAUGUUGCUUUGAUAGUUAAAAAGAAACGGGAGAGGCUAGGUUGCAGCAAACCAUAA